AACAUGUCCGCGCCGCUCCCCGCCAUCGUCCCGGCCGCCAGGAAGGCAACCGCCGCGGUCAUAUUUCUUCAUGGAUUGGGAGAUACUGGAUGUUUUGUGCAUGUGAAUCCCUCGAUCCAUCCUCCGUUCCUACAGCUCAGACACAUUGUGAGACUCUGGGUGGUGAGAGAGACCUGAGGGGGUGACCAGAGUCAUGGUACCUCUGUGCCCUUGGAAGAGGGGGCACAAGGACAUGCAGGAGUCACACAUGGCUGGGCAGAAGCAUUUGCAGGUAUCAGAAGUCCACAUGUAAAAUAUAUUUGCCCACAUGCGCCAGUUAUGCCAGUUUCUCUGAACAUGAAUAUGGCCAUGCCAUCUUGGUUUGAUAUUAUUGGACUCUCGCCAGAUGCACAGGAAGAUGAAGCUGGGAUCAAGCAAGCAGCAGAGCAUGUUAAAGUACUGAUAGAUCAGGAAGUGAAGAAUGGAAUUCCUUCUAACAGAAUAAUUUUGGGAGGCUUUUCUCAGGGAGGUGCCUUGUCGUUGUAUACAGCUCUUACAACACAUCAGAAAUUAGCAGGAGUCAUAGCACUCAGUAGUUGGCUUCCACUACGGACCUCUCUUCCACAGGGUGCUAUCAGUGGUGUAAACAAAGAUAUUCCUAUUCUUCAGUGCCAUGGGGACUGUGACCCUUUGGUUCCUCUGAUGUUUGGUUCCCUCACUUUUGAGAAGCUGAAGAGUCUGAUAAAUCCAGUCACUGUAACCUUCAAGACUUAUUCGGGCAUGAUGCAUAGCUCAUGUAUUGAGGAGAUGAUGGAUGUAAAGCAGUUCGUUGACAAACACCUACCGCCAGUUGAUUGACAAGAUUUGAGAUGCCUUCUGUAUAAAAACACCAGCAUCAACUUUGGUAGAAUGUGUUAAUCUUUUCACAUGCCCAGUUCAAAAGCAUUAUUUCUACACCUACUGUGUUGCAGAUGUAUACCAAGUACAAGGACUAAGUAGUAUAUUUCACAAUAAACAGUAAUCUUUCAAGUAAAUCAUACACUGGUGGGAUUAUAGGGAAUGAAACAGCUAGAUAAUGUGUCAGAAUGUAUCUGAGAAUACAAUUUUAAGAUGUUGUUGUUUUUUAUUUGAUUGCACCAUUUUUAAAGCAGUCAUGUGGCUAAUUAAACUCAUUUUGGUUAAAUGAGCUGUUUAAACAUGACCAGAUUGGUAUGCUUGGGAUAUGAUGUAUUCCUAAUACUUGUUGAAAGUAUAUUAAGAUAUCCUGAUAUAUAUCUGGUACAUGUAAAACACAAGAGGCAUGUGAUGGGGGAAUGAGUAUUAGCGAGGAUAAAGCUUUAAAUGUUAAUGAUUUAAACAUUGCUACUGCAUGUGAAGAGUGUGGUUCUCAUCUACAAAUGAAUACAUAUCAAUGAGACUAGUUAUAGCAUUUAUUCCAGGGUAGUUUUUAACCUUAGAAAUAGUGUCAGGAAAGAAAACACUUGCUAUCUCAUACGCCCUCUCCCUCCAAAAAUGGGUUGGCAUCACAGAAACUAAGGGGACUCAGCUGUUUGUCACUCGACCUGUGUUUUCCACUCAUCACAGUUUGGUGGUAGCUCACAUUUAUUAGUGUGUAAAUUGAUCUUAGAUGCCGACUCAUGAAACUGAGGUUUAAAAAAAAGUACAUAACAUUUCCAUUUUAAAAUUCUUGUUUUCAUGUUGCAUAUUUUUCCCACACUGAACCCUCAUGGGUUUUGUCUUGUGUAGCUUGCUAAAUUUUUUUAGAAAUAUUGACAAUGCAUUUUACAUGGGCAAUUCAAGUGUCUUGUUUUAUUUUUCUGCUUUGCUCCAGAAUAAUCAACUGGAAAAGCAAUGCAGAUAUUGCACACAAAUUAUGGUUAUUGUUGACCAGACUCAUCUACAACACUGGUAUUAACUACUUUUUAUUUCCUAAGUGCUGCAGUAUGAAUGUAAUAUGGAAUUGUAAUAACUUAGUCAUUAUAGUGAGAAACUGCCAACUGUUUUUUCUUUACUUUCAUUGCAUGUCCAUCAUGAGACAUCAGCUUCUGUCUAAAAAGAAAAUAGGACAUGUAUGACUUUCCACACAUGCCCUAGAAUAUUCUAGGAAUAUGAAAAUGGGUCCUGUCAAACCUUUGAAACAGAAGGACUUCUAUAUCUCACAGAAGUUACAAUUUUGAGAAUUCAUGGUAUAAUAGAAACUGAUGAUACAAGUUCAGCAAUAGAAUAACUGUGCUGAAAUGGUGUCCUGCUAACAGAAAACUAGAGAUGAAAGAGAAUUUUGGCAGACAGAUGAAAUGGAUGAUCAAUAUAGGAUUCCUUCCUAGCUUACUUUAUAGUAUUUUGUUCAAUCAAGUUUUAAGUGUCUGAUGUUGUGAGGUACCUAAUACAUCUUAUUUUGGGAAAUUAUUUCCAGAUAGCCUGAAUUUUCUUUUUAAUUUCAUCCCCUCACCCCAGUAACUACAUACAUCUCAGCAUAUCAAACUAAAUAGGAUAUUUCUCCAUUUCAUGUUUGCACACUUCAGCUAUUUGGAGACUUUCAUGCCCUCUUCUUAGCCAAUAUAUACAUAUAUUUUAACUUUUUAAUGCUUGCUCAUAAGUCACUCCUCCUCCCCCAACUAUUCUUCUCUAGACAUCCUCCAAUUCAUCUUUCUGGUAGUGUGGUGCCCAGAAGAGUACAAUAUUCCUGUUUUGGUUUCCCCCAAAUUGUACUGAGAAAUGUUGUACUUCAUAGCUCAGAAACAUGACCCCAAACUGCAUUUGCUCCUUUUACAAUCGUUUCACAUUGCAAACUCAUAUUUAGCUUGCUUACCACUGUAAUCCCUAGUUCUUCCAUUAUUCCUGCUUCUUGGCCCUCUCUCUGUCAUGUGUGUUGAAUGAUUCUUCUCAGUAUAAACUUGUCUCUUCCAAAAUUGUCUGUGCACAUUUCUAAUCUCCAGGUCCUUUCCUGUUGUUUCCUGUACCACUUGCAGUGCCUCUGGUUUAGUAGCUGUUAACUUCACUAACAAAGAUAUUAAAAUUAGACUAGUUUUAGCUCUGUUCCCUGUUGUAUCCCACAGUGUUUUCCCCAACUUUAUACAUUACAGUCCACUGUUAACUUUUGUUUACAAUGUGUAGCCAGUUUUUGUCCUCAAGUGUACAAGUCAGCUUGAAUUAAUUUUCCAUUAAAACACAUUGUCACUAUCAAAUGCUCUACUAAAACUGAAUACUAAUAUUGGAUCUACUGCAUUGUGUGCUAAUUUUGUCCAAAUAUCCAGUCAUAUCUAACCAGAUUUAUCUUUAUACAGUAAUGCUAUGCUGCUGCUUGUUACCCUUUAGGGCAGUGGUCACCAACCCGUAGAUCACAAUCAACUGAUCAAUCCUGGAGACUCUCCCAGUUAAUCGCGAUCUCUGGCUGCUGAAAGUCUGGUUGUGAAGUGGGGCUGCCGCUAAGGCAGGCACCCUGCUUGCCCCGGCUCCACGCCACUCCUGGAUUCAGCCAGCAUGCCCCCACAUCUGAAGGGAGGGCAGGGGUCUCCGUGCACUGCUCCUGCCUGCAGGCACUAUCCCCCACAGCUCCCAUUGUCCAGGAAUGGGGAACUGUGGUCAAUGGGAGCUGCGGGGGCAGUGCCUGCAGAGAGGGGCAGCAUGUGCGCACCCGCACCCUCCCCUCCCUAGGGCCACAGGGGCAUGUUCCGGGAACAGCAUGGGGCUGGGGCAGGCAGGAAGCCUGCCUUAGCCCCAUUGUGCCACCAGUCGGGAGCCCACACCCCAGUCCUAAGCGUCCUCCCAGAGUCAGCACCCCAUAACCCGUUCUGCAUCCCAAACUCCUGAUCCCUGCCCCCAGAGCCAGUACCCCAUACCUCCUCCUGCACCCCAAGCUCUUGCCCCAGCCCUGAGCCCCCUCCCGAAGCCAGCACCAUAUAUUCUCUCCUGCACUCCUCACCCCCACCCCCUGCCCCAGACUCAGCCCAAAGCACCCUCCUACACUCUGAACCCCUCAGGCCCAGCCCAAAGCCACACCCCCUACUGAACCCCAACCCUGUGCCCCAAUUUAGUGAAAAUGAGCGAGGGUACGAGAGAGCAAGCAAUGGAGGGAGAGGGGGAUGGAAUGAGAGGGACUUUGGGGAAGGGGCGGAUUAGAUCCUGGGUUGCAUUUAAAUUCAGAAAGUAAUCUUGUGCAUAAAAAGGUCGGAGACCACUGCUUUAGGAGCUAGAUUCACCAAAUCUGGUGCAAAUAAAUGUAAACUAUUACACCUUGCAUCAGUCUGGCCCACUGUGCUCCAGGAAGAGAUCCUUCCUUCAGGUUUUUCCACCAAGGAGGACUGCUAAAUUGCAAUGGGGAUCAAUAGGAUCAUGAUGCUCAAAAUUACUUCCAGGAUUCCUUUGAAUCAACACAUCUCCCUAGUUAGUGCAACAUGCUUCUUGGGCUGUGCCAGACCUUUGUACCCUCUCAGAUUGAAGGGAGGUUAUGUGGAUGUUUUUGCAGCCAGAGUCUCUUCACUGUUAGACAUGGCUACUCAGAAUUCCUGCCAGGAUUAGCAUAUGUGCUAGGUUGAAUAUGAACCCAGAAAAGUGAUUUUUCUCAAUAUUUGUUCCAUUAUUUUACUAAGGGAUAGAAGUUAAACCUAUGGGAUAGCAAAUAUCAAGAUUGCACAUUUGAUAUCAGUACUGCACGUUCCUAGAAUUCAUUUUGUUUACUUAGAUUUUAUUCUUCUUUCCCAGACGGAGGAAAGACAUCUACAAACACUGCUAAGCUACUGAAAACAAAAUGUUUUUUCUUGUCUGCAUUUUACCCCCAAGAAAUAAGAGACCUACAUUUUUGCCGUGACUUUAGUUAUGUAGUUUCCGGACACUAAUUAAUUUCAAACACAUGCCUAAUUUUUUUGUUCAAACCAAAAAUUUGACUGGUAUUAAAUGUUUUGUUCAGCCGGAAGCCUUUGACCUGCUAUUUGAAUACAUUCAGUUUGUUCAUAAGCACAAAUUGGGUUGUACAUUUUUGGCCAAAUCCUACAUCCAUUACUGAGGCAAAACUAUUGAUGCCACUGGGAACAUUGCCAUAGUGAGGGCUGGAAGACUUGGUCUUUACCUCCCACCUUGUAAGUAUUAUUGUAUAAUUACAACACAGUGAAUUGCUGAAAAAUACUAUAUACUGUAAUUAGAGUUGUUAAAUGUGUUCUCUCUAUGAAGUGUAUUGCACUUCAUUAAACUGUUAAAAUGCGUCUUUUAUAUAUAGCUACUACUUGAUGCAUAAUGGAUAUAAUUUUAAAAACGUACUGUAUAGGAUGUUGAUAAUGAAGCCAUAUAUUUAAGGCCUGGGUAUCUUAAAUUUUAUAAACAAUCAUUUUAACGCUUUGCUUUUCUUUAUGUUGAAGAAUAUAAGUGGAUGUUGUUUAAUAUAAAAAAUCAAGAUGUUGUUACUUAGUUUACUCAUUUAUGGUAAUAAAUCUUGAGCUUUGUUGAAAUGACUUCCAUAGUGGGAAAGUGUAAAAAUCUUUGUUUCUAUAAUUGUGAAAUAAACUUCAAACAGUCA